AUGCUUCACGCAAUUCUGAUACAGAUACAGAAGAUGGACAUCUCAUUGUACCCGACUGAUAAUAAUCCAGAAUCGCUCGGAAACAUGAAGCUGUCAUACCAUCAGCCACUUCAAAUUCAUCUCUCUCAUUUGGAGAAACGAGAUCAGCACCCAAAUCACCGCAUGAUGCUCGCAUUGAAAACAUCCGACCAAGCAUUGUGUCAGGUUUCGAAAGCAGGUGGAAGAGGAGGAGUAGCUAGAGAUCUGUCAGGGUUCGAUUCACCAGAUGAUGAGCAACCGGCGUUCCGAGCGGGCGAUUCUGAAAGAAAAAAACAAUUAGAUAAUGGAGAAGGACUUGUAUGGCCAGAGGAUGAUGCUGAUCCACGUCCGCCGACAAGAGAUGACUUUCGAGCAACGGAUGUGGAAGCAGAUGAACCGGCUUGUGAUGUUGAUGACGUGGCAGCAAAUGCGGGAACUGAAAACUAUCUACCAAUCUUACCAUCGUUGUCCAAUGAAACAUCUGAUUCGUCAGAAGUAUUAUCAAAUAGUCGUCUGGCUGGAAUUUGUGCUGGAAUCCCUACUCCUCCAGUAAUUCCUGAAGUUGAUGAAGAAGGAAUGUCCUUCUGUUCAUCUGAUUGUGACAUCAAUUGA